AUGGAGGGCAAUUCCGUCACAGCUACAAAUGUGUCUCUUGAGGCGAUAAUAAAUCCAAUCCCUGAUCGGGAGCCUUGCAAGAAGGAAAACGACAAGGAAAUAGAUGCAGUCAAAGAAGCGACUGAUUCAUCUUCACUUAUUGGCGCGAUGGCUUCUACGCAGUGCGGCCCUGAACUCAGUGCUGCACUUAAGUGUUCCCCAGAAAGCGCAGUUCCAGUGUCAACUGAACGCCAGUUGGAAAAAGAAGAACAAAAAAGUGUUGCACUCGAGGCUGUACUCACUACCCUACUUGCGAAAAAGAGCCGAAGAUCCUCUCAACCAAGAAUGCUAACAAGGUCAUUGACGCUGAAGCCCGAAACUUCAACUCUACCGUCCGGAUCUACAAGAAAGAGGCAGACACCCAAUUGUGUACGCCCAGUCAAGCUCUCAAAGGGAGCUGCACCUGCCAAAAACAACCCAGGGGUUUCUAAAGGCAAGCCUCAAGAAAAUAGCCCGCUGUCUACUGGAAGAAGCACGGUGUCAACGCAAAAGUGUAAGACAGAAGGAGGAGCAACUCCCAGGAAACAAGAUCAAGGCACACUGUCAAGCGAAGUCCAGGGGAAGGUGUUGGAAGUUGUGAACAGGACACUUUCAACCAUCGGUGAAAAACUUGAUAGCCAGACAAGGCCCGGCAACAAGCGCCGUAUUAAACGUACUACUCGCUAUGAAGAAUGGGUAGGUGGAGCGUCUCAUUCAGUUAACGGGGCCAAUGCCUCUCUGACUGAUGUUUCCACCCAGCGACUGGGCCUGAAAGGGAAACGCAAAUCCCACAGUGCCGCUGGGGGUGAUGCCCCAAAUGUCAUGAAGCGAAGACGAGCAAACGCUAAGUCUUCAUGCGACAAGAACGCAGCAAAGACCCCCAGAGGGACCUCCAUAAGAGCUCCUCCGCGUGCAACCAAAAGGCCCGCUUUUUGGCUUGACUUGCCAGCGCUGGAAGCAGCUGUGGCAAGCGCUCCACCUCAACCACUUCAAAGCACUGAGAGAGCAAUCGCGAGAGGAAUGGCUGCUGCAGCAGCUUCCCUUGCGUCGCUUGCCCCAAGCACAACGGCGCAGGUAACAAAGUUGAGCAGCAAAGAUCCAGGAGGGGCUCUUUUGCAAGCAGUCCUUAUCACAGCCGUCGGAGACGUGAAUGCCAAGUCAGAAGGAACGGAGGCGGAAAUUCAGGAGGAAUCUGCAAGCACACAAGCCAAAUCUGGACAGUGUUCUGCUGGAGAGGAAGCGGACAAAGGAGAAGGACGCGUUCCUUCUCUUAGUAUUAGACAGGGUGAAGCUGCUUCCUGCUUGAACAGUUCAGCUUCACUUACAGCAGACUGCCCAACAGUGGCUGCCGAGGUUGGGAAGGUUUCCCAAGGAAAUGCAGAAGACGUAAAUGCUGCAGCAGAGACAAACCUAAACCUGCUCCUGGACUUGGUACAUGUACAGCCAGAUAUGGUGAGAAAUUUUCUGCUUGAGCAUGGAAGGAUGCCAUCCGAGCGCGCCCUGAAAACUCCACCGCAGAAAGCCAAUAAGUCGAGGCCCCCGAUUCAGAAUCACCUAGCAGAACAACGCAUACAGCAGUACAUCCGCGAGAAACAAUCGACACCGGUGCGCAAAAAUGCCGAAACCCGGAAUACAACUCAUAAUUUUAUUGAGGGAGCCGAGGCUAAGGCAUUGCUAAAACAGCUCCAAAUGUUACGGGAUGAACUGGAACGACAGCAGCAAAUACAACUGACGAAAAUCCAGGAGAAUUUCGAGGUCGAAUUUAAAGCAUCACUGAUGAGGGAGCUGGCGGCAAUGGCGGUCUUUAGCCAGACGACAUCUGGAAUGCUGUUCGGUGACGACAUAUCGAGUGCAACGACGUUAGAUCAGCGGAAAGCAGAAGAGAACUUGCUCUUUGAGCAGUUUCAGCAAUUAACUUUGAUUGAGAAUAUGGAAAUGCUGAAGACGCUUCGUUACCACCUUAGUAUACGCCCAAGUCAACAAGAACAGCCAAACGUCUUCCCAGCGGUGCGGUCUUCAUUCGUUGCAUCGCGAAGCAGAAGUUCUCCGGAGGGGAGGCGGGUUAACAAGAAGGUCAGAUUCGCUCCUUGUUCUUACAGGUAG